AAACGGCCCCAUCCCUUCAUGUAAGAAGACCUGUUGAAUUCUUACCAUAUAAUAAUACACACAACGGUGUAUGUAUAUAUGUAAGCCCAUAGAAUUCUCAGAAUUGUUUUCUGGGUCUAAACUUCAAUUUGAGUAGUAAAGAGAAAGAGGGUCAUCAUAAUUUUUUAAGUUCUUGAUUUUGAGGUGAGAAAGUUUUGAUUUUUAUAGUAGAAAAGAGUAAAAAAAUAGAAGGGUCAGGGUCUUUUUUGCUUUUUAUGUUCAAGGUGUAGAGAAGAAGAAGAAUUGGAUAGAUAUGGAGAAGAACUCGGGCUUCCUUGCAAAGAUCAAGAGAGCUGCUUGUCUUGAUUCAUCCACGCCGGACACUGGAAAAGGGAAAAGCAAGUCAUCGGGUAACAAAGUAGCUCACGGGUUCCAUUUAGUUGAAGGCCAAGCUGGUCAUGACAUGGAAGACUAUCAUGUUGCCGAGUACAGAUACAAAAAGAAUCACAUGCUGGGAUUAUUUGCUAUUUUUGAUGGUCACCUUGGGGAUCGAGUUCCUAGUUAUUUGAAGGAUAAUCUUUUUGAUAACAUACUCAAAGAGCCAAAUUUUUGGAAUAACCCUGAAAUGGCGAUAAAAAAUGCGUAUCGUUCUACUGAUAGAUUUAUUCUCGAGAACUCCAUGCAAUUAGGGCCUGGCGGCUCAACAGCAGUUACAGCAAUUGUCAUUGAUGGCAAAGAUUUAUGGGUGGCAAAUGUUGGUGAUUCCAGGGCUGUCUUAUGUGAGAGAGGCUCAGCUAAUCAACUUACUGUGGACCACGAACCACAUACCGAAAGGAGAAGGAUUGAAAAGCAAGGUGGCUUUGUAACUAAUCUUCCUGGAGAUGUACCUAGAGUUAAUGGACAACUUGCUGUUGCACGCGCCUUUGGUGACCAAAGUCUUAAAGCACAUUUAAGUUCAGAACCUGACAUACGACAUAUACCUAUCGACGCGACUAUUGAAUUUGUUAUAUUGGCAAGUGAUGGAUUAUGGAAAGUGAUGAGCAACCAGGAAACAGUUGAUAUGGUAAAAUCCGUCAAAGAUCCUCAAGCAGCAGCAAAGCGAUUAACCUCGGAGGCAUUGGCAAGAAAGAGUAAAGAUGAUAUAUCCUGCAUAGUGAUCCGUUUUGGAUGAUUCUUUAGCUAGAUGACUUCCUUCCCUAUCUUGCUUGAUCUAUCUGCGGUUUGAAGAAGCAUAUAUAUAUAUGGUAGUAUAACUAAUUACUUUGUUAUGUGUUUUGUUUUCCCUUAUACUUGUGGAAAUUAUUUGUGUUUCUUUCUUUUGUUUGAAUUGGGUAUGGAGAGAUUUUAAAUUUGUUUUGUACAUAUGUUCUGGCUGGCUGUGAUCAAAAGGUAUCUAUAUGCUACGAAGUAAGUUUGUACUA